AUGGUGAUGCAUGUCGAGCUGAACCGAGCAGACGGUUCGCUGACGGUCGAGGCAAAGAGCCUUGGAGGCGAGGAUCAAGCGGUCAACAAGGAGUUGUCCCAACUGUUCAACAGGCGUCGUGGCAGGCUUCAUUUCUGCGCAUCGGAUCCUUGCCUCGACGAGGAGAUGGGCGACAUCCAUGUGAAGGAGUUCCGUUGGUACAGCUUGGAAGGGUACGCCAGCUACCUCACAGCCUCUGCACUCAGGCCUGCCCGCAAGUGGGCCGAGGAUCCCACUUUGCCUGCCACAGGGGAGGUUGUCGAGCCCGGUGUGGCCCCGCCAGGUUCCGUGCCGGGAGAACCGGCUAGAGGAGGCGAGGUCAAGCGUGCAAGUGCCCUCCGAGAGGCACGGAAGAAACCCAAGUCCAGGCCGGCAGACGCCGAUCGCCAGGGCAGGUCAAGCAAGGCGACAGAGGCCAGAGAGGAGAAAGAGGUUACAGCUUCAGCAAGAGCAAAGCAGAAAGCCCGACACGACAAGGGCAAAGGAGACGGCGUCAAGCCAUCCGAUCCGGGUGCCAUCGCCCCCGAAAAGGUGGAGAAGUUGAGGGAGGAGCUCAAGCGUUCGAAGGCCAAGAUGCUUGGGGGCACGCCGCCCGAUCCACCUCCGGAUGGGGGGGACUCGGGCGAAGAUGGCGAGUCAGGGUCGGGCUCGAGCAACUCGGAGAGCGGAGGCGAUUCAUCCUCUGCACAGGCGACCUCAAAGACUCUGAACUCAGGGACUCUGAUGGCGAGAGCAGUGAGGAGCACAUCAGCCAGCAGGGCCAUAAAAGAUGGUACUACGGCCAGUUAUCACGAGCAGCUGGCGCUCAGAGCCGCCGGGGCUGCCGACAAGGGUCAUCACAGUGGAGGAGGCAGCCGAGCAUUGAAAAAGCGAUCCCGGAGUUGUUCAGAGAACACGGAGACCUCCGAUGGCGAGAUGGCUAUGGAAGCUCCGCUGAGGAAGAAGUCGCAGAAGACACCGGGCUCAGUCCUCAAUAUGCUCCUCGAGCACAUCGCGGCCCAGCUGCAACAGAACGCAGAAGUGGACACCCCCGCUACAGGUCACAGAGACAUCACCUCCGGAGUGAAGGUCACCACCUACCUGGCUUUGUCCAUAAAGCCGCAUUUCCAGCACCGACCAAAGGAGUUGCGAGAGUUGCGCAUGUUGGCCACAAGCUUGGAUCUUUUGCGGCAAGGGCAUUUGGCAAGGCUGGGAGACGUGCUCGCUGGCAGGUUGGUGGCAAUCCAUCAGAGCCUCUUGGAUUCCUCUUGGACAGCCGCCCGACACCUCGAGGUGAUGCCGAUGCUAGAGGGUUCCGCCUUGAGCGACAGCAUACUCCUGGCUGCAAGAAAGCACGGAAGAGAGGUGACAAAGGCUCAGGAUCCAAGCGCGUUGUGGGUCCCGCAGCGCGGAAAAGGAAAGUUCAAGAAGGGCGCCGGUUGGUACUCCGACCAGACCGAGGAGGAGACGCAUUGGUGGCAGCCCAAGGGCAAGAGCAAGAAGAGCAAAGGCAGGGGGAAGAAGAACGAGGACAAGGAGAAGGACCGCCCCGACGUACAGCAGCUGGCACACGCCGAGCUGAUCAAGACGCAAAUGCACGGCGCAACGAACAGUGGCUUGGAGAUCUUCACCGAGGCUUUUGUUGGAACUGACACGCUGGGCGUGUUAGGGUGCAGUAUAGCCUGGUUGCUUGUCCAUGUGGAGUUCUCGGAGUCACAGAGUUUCACAGAUUCAGUACGACAAACAGUUUUUGAAUGCUGCAGCACGCCACAGGUCGGACUGCGUAGAGGUUCGAUCUAUCCCAUUUCCCUUGGGGAGCUGAAGGGCCUUAAGGUUGCAUUGCAGGAAUCACAAUUGUUGCAAGUCCAGGAGCCACGCUUUUGGGAACGCUGGCAGCAUCGCGCCUGGCAGUUCUGUGCGUUGGCUGGACUGAAUGGCACGCGCGGACGAUUGCAGCCGCUGGCGCUUGGACCGGUCAAUAAGAUGCAGGGCCGCGCCGUGGCUUCAACGGGCCAGUCAGUUUGCCGCUUUCUCCAUCUCGGAGGGAGCCACUCUGGCGAGAUCGAACGCAUCCGCCAUGAGCUAAAAGGAGUGAGGCUGUCCUACACGGGGGAGGAGAUGUCGGUGAAGCUACCAUCGAUCACGGCCUGGCUGGGCAUCACGACCGAGCCGGGAGAGUCGCUUGGGCUUUGCAUGGCAUCCGCCUUUUACCUCUUUCGGCUGCCGUCGGCAUGGCAUAGGGACUGGCUCCUUGAGUUUCCCAUGGCUAAAGAGAUUCAUCUCUGGGUCAAGCGCACCAUCGAAAACGUGUCCUCCAUGGAUAGGGAAGCCGCUGAAGAGAUCUCCCAUUUGUUUCAUACUUUGCCUUAUGAAUUGGAUUGCAGCGACUCAGCGUCUUGGUGGAACUGGGUACCGGUGUUCCGGUCUCCUGUGCGCUUUGCGGGCUCCAGUUCUUCACGCCUUGGGCAAAAGGGUGUGUUGUUCGCAGUGAUCUAUGGAGCAGUUUGUGCCAAUGGCUCCAAUGGCUCGCAGCCGCAUCCAGUGAGUUUGUGGCCCUUGGAUGAGAAGGAACCUGAGGUCAAGGCCCAAGCGCUCUGCCAAGCUAUCCGACAAGCAGCUGGGACUUGUCAAACAUGUUGA